ACAUACUUCCUAGCUCGUUCAUUUUAUAUUUCAAAUGAUACAUUUUAUUUUUUGGUAGAAGAAGAAGAAAAAAGAGAAAGUUAGUGGUGGUAAUUAAUAAAAGAAGAUGCUUUCUCCACAGUAGUAAAUACUAUCUCUAAUGACUUAGGUCAGGUGGAUGUUAUUAUUCAAAAGGACAAGCCACUGAUUUGACUGCGGCUGCAGAUCCCAUUUCAAUACCAAUAUCAAUAUACCCACUUGCCCUAUUUGCCUGCUACUGUGUCCUCUCCUUUGUUUCUUUUCUUUCCUUUCUUUUGCAACUUGCUCAUCUACAUUUAUCCCUUUCAACUGGCAUGUCUUAAACGGGUACUUGUCCUAGAGGUGCUGUUUUCGUUUUUUUUCCUUUUUUGGUAAAUCCUGAUUGGAUUUCUUAAGCAGCUAUACUUCUACAGUUGUGGGCUAGUUAUGUACAGUUCCGUGUUCUAAUUUUCUAUUGCACUAGGGUUCCUGCUUUUUCACUUCGUGCAAGCAGAAUUAGCGAGACUAUAUAUCUAAGUGUUGAAAGCUUGUUUUCCCGAUCCGUAUAACUAUUUACAGGUUUUUGAAUCGGCCAAACAUUAACAAAAUCUGCACAGGUAUUGCUGGAGUACUGCAACUUACUGGAUCCGAUCACCUUCGCCUCAUGUGUAUAUAACGAUUCAUCGAUAUAUAGCUCAGAGACUGUCAAUGUAUAACUAUUUUUAGUGCCAUUUCUGUGGUUGCACUGUUAUUUCUCACAGAAUAACUUGAGAGACGGGGUCAUUAGUAUAUAUACAUAUGGAUUUUAAUUAUAGUUUGGGACUGAGCCGUGGUGAAUCUGACAGUGAUGCUGGUGCAAGUUCCGGGGGCGGAGCUCCAGGAACUUCAAAUCGCCGGCCUCGAGGCCGACCGCCUGGAUCUAAAAAUAAACCGAAGCCUCCAGUAAUCGUGACGAGAGAUACACCUAAUGCACUCCGAUCUCACGUGCUUGAAGUUUCAGCCGAUGCUGAUAUCAUGGAAAGUGUCUCGAAUUACGCCAGGCGGAGAGGGCGAGGUGUUUGCAUUCUUAGUGGUAGCGGUACUGUUGCUAACGUCAACAUUCGUCAGCCUGCUUCCCCUGCUGGAAGUGUAGUCACACUUCACGGCCGUUUUGAGAUACUUUCACUCUCCGGCACGGUGCUUCCUCCGCCUGCACCGCCUGGGUCAAGUGGCAUCUCUAUAUUUUUGUCAGGUGGACAAGGUCAGGUUGUUGGAGGAUCCGUCGUAGGGCCUUUGAUAGCAUCAGGUCCGGUGGUGUUAAUGGCUGCGUCGUUUGCUAACGCUGUAUUUGAACGGCUUCCAUUGGAGGAAGAAGAGGGAGCUACUGUUGCUCCUGGUGCUGCUGCUGCUGGUGUUGCUGCUGCUGCUGCUCAACAGGUACAGCCCGCUGCCUCACAGUCAUCAGGAGUAACCGGUGGUGGAGAUGGUACGGGGCAUCCUGGUGGAACAGGCGAAGGUGGUGGUAUGGCUUUUGGGAAUGCACCACAUAGCAAUUACUCAUUCUCAGCUGAAUUGCUUGGAUGGGGUACUGGCAAUGCUGCAAAUGAAAGGCCCCCAUUUUAGUGUAUAUGGAUGAUUUCAUUUACAAAGAAUGAUCAUGAUGGGAGAACUAGAUGAUUUUCACGAUUGUUAAUAAUUAGUACUUAGCUUUCAUAUGAUUAUCUCAGAAUGGUUGGAUUGGAGAAUUGAUCGAGCGGAAAUGGGAAAAUGUUGAAUUGCGUAGCCAGUUUGUAGUUCACAAAGAGUAGAUUAAUUUUGAAUUUCAUGUCUAACAAUGAAGGAUCAGUUGAAAGAGGCAUUUCAAGGGCACUAACUUUCUAUUGAAACUUGAAAGCAUGCAUGAUACUUGAGCAUUGGGGAGUAUUAUACAUCCAAGAAUUCUCAAAGGUGAGUAGCUAGCUAGCAUUUCAUGCACAUAGUGUUUGUACAAGUACUACCACCUAGCAAUACAAUGUUUGAUCUUGUGCCAUUUUCCAUUGAUUUCCAGAUCCAUUAUCACUUGGCGUAUUAGAAUGUGUUUUUCUGUAAUCUUCAAUUAUUAGGUAUGUAUGCAAUGGUGCAAAUUACUAUUACAAGAUUAACAAGGGCUUUGAGAGUUUUCAC